GAGCCACCGUGUUAAUGAAUUUAUUAUAUUUUUAACAUGUUAUUCGGGUUCAUUUCAUGGAGGUUUUUUAAUUUAAUGGGUUCAUUUAUUGCUGACUUACUGUCCCUUGUGAUUUGUAUAGCAAUUUGAUUUUGAAAUUUUUCUCUCAACCAAUCAAUAUUCAAUAAUAUUAUUAAUAUCACAUGGCAUCGGCAUUUAGAUGAUCUCUGAUCAUUAAUCAGUUCAUUUUUGUUUAAUCAAGACGUACAAAGAUGCAUGCAAUUAGCUGUAUACAAAUAGUGAGAGACAAUGGAGAGGACAGCUAAGUAAAUGAAUGCAAGUAACUCUCACUAUCGAUUAGGUUUAUCAAUAUUAAAUUGCCUUUGUAAUUAGUGAAAUACAUCCAUAACGUUAAUAAGUUAUCGCCCGCUGACGAGCAAUAUUUUACAAUUAAACAGCUAUUUCAAGAAACAAAUGGGUUUUAAAUUACUUGUGACUGAAUAUGUCCGGGCCAAUAAUUACAAAUUACUGAACACUUUAGUAUGUUUUGCCAGUUAUGCUGGAAUGGGAAGUGUUUAUACCCUACUUGGAUCAUCUUUACUUGAUUACCAGAUUUUAAUAAAUGAAAAUUUCCAAACAAUGGCUACUCUUGUCCAACUAAGAGCGAUUGGGGAUACUGUUGGAUCGAUCUUAGCUGGAUUUAUUGAAAAAUAUAUCAGCUUAGUUCUGUGUCUUAGUUUAUCAAACCUGGUUCUUGGUAUUUCCAUAAUUGUAUCUCCAUGGUUCAACAGUUUCUGGCCAUUAUCGGUAGCUACAAUAUUUGGUGGAUUAUCUCUUGGUUUUCUCGAAAUAUUUUGCCAUGUUUACAUCGCGCUGUUAUGGAAAGCACAAUGCACUAACUACCUUCAAGCUCUUCACCUAUUUUUUGAUGUUGGUGCUUUGGUUGCUCCGUUGAUUACACGGCCGUUUUUACUUCCCAUUGAUUUUGAUGAUUACAAUAACCGACAUGGAAUCAAUUCAACUGAUAGUAAAUCUUACACCAAAGAUGAUGUUCUCAUUCAAUAUCCUCACCUCAUAAUGGGACUAUUCCUGGCUGCUGUUGCCUUUAUAUUUUUCAUUAUUUUCAUCUAUGGAAAUGACCAAAUUGAAAGUGAUGAUGAUAAUGACAAAGAUAAAGAAUCAACUAAUAACAAACCAAAUGACGGCCAGAGAUCCAAACAAAUACUGGCCAUAGUUCUGACAGCGUUAAUUGUUAAUUUUGAAUUUGGUGGACAAAAUCUCGUCAGUUCUCUUGGUCCAGCCUUCGGAGUUAAAUCUAAUUUAAGAUUAGACAAAAAAGAGGCUACCCUUUUGGUGACCAUUUACUGGUCAAUUUUAGGGUUGUACAAACUCGUGUUGAUUCCGUUGACAAUAUACUCUACUGAUGUAACUUUGAUCAUAUCCCAUGUGAUAAUAGCAAUUUGUGGAGCUUCAGUUAUGGCUUCUGGAGCUGACAGCAAUUUAACAUUGACUUUGAUCUCAUUUGGCCUUCUUAGCAUUGGCUUUGCGCCUUGUUUUGCUUUAUGUUUCGGUCUUAUUCAGAAAUUCUUUACAGUUUCAAGUAGAGUUACUUCACUGAUCUUCUUCUUUGGAAUUUUGGGUGAAUCGAUUCACCCAUGGGUUGUGUCUAGAUUCAUGGAAUCAUCUUCAUCUUUUUAUACUAAUUAUUUUGCAACAAUGGUAUUUAUCGACUCAUUUUUAUGCAUAUUUCUUGUAAUUCUCAUGGUUAAAUUUUACAAGAAAAGUUCUCCAAUUAGAGAUGAAUAUCAAGAAUUUUCAAACUGAAAUAACUUUCUUUUUGCAUGGGCUUCAAGACUCAUGAAAAUAAAAUGUUUAAACCUCCUGGAGUAUAAA